CUCCUGCUCAGCAGUGUCGCGCACCGCGACCAAUUAAACGUGGAGCUCGUCGUGUGGUUGUACGUCACGGUUUGAGACCGCGGAGGCAGCCUAGAGCUGAAGCGGGAUUUAUCCCGGCACUGCGCGAUGUGAGUGUGUAAAGUUCGUUUCCCUGCGUCACGAAGCUGACCUUAGGCCUUAAACAGCUAGCUGAAGUCUGACAAGUGGCCAAGCAAGGGCACUGCUUUUGUUGGUCUCAGCAGGCGGCGGGAGCUGCUAGGCGUCCUCUCCGUCCCUUCCCGGUGAAAGACGAACAGCUCUCCUGGAAUUGCACUUCAUCAGGUGACCUGGAGGUUCCAAACUUCUCACAGUUGGAGUUUCAACUCAGUCUGAACAACUGGCAUCUUUUGACUGAAUGUGACGGCAUAUACCUAUAAUCCCAGAACUGCUGGGGAGGCUGAGUCAGGAGGACCACUGGGAGUUUGAGGCCAGCCUGGGCUACAGAGAGCUUUGUGAGAAUUUCAGUAUAUGAAAAAACUGUCCAUGUUCUGAUUGAAAUCAAUAAAUUACCACCACCAAAAUAUGCUGCAUUAGUCAACGGCCAUACACUUAAUGACUCAUAAAAGCUCAUGGACUUCUAAAUUUUGUUUGCCAGGAAGUACCAUGGCCUGCACUGCUGUCUUGAUUCCUGGGCUGGCGGGAGGCUCUCUGGGAGCCAUUUGCACACGAGCUGCUUCGUCAAGGCUGACACCCAGUACUUUGCGUCACCUUACCCUAGCCAGCAUAAUGAAAUCCAAAAGGAAGACUGACCACUUGGAGAGGACUGCAAGUGUUGUUCGGCGAGAGGUCGUGGCAGCCGCUAAGGUGUGUGGAAUUACCCGCGAAUCACCGUCAGUGAAGAGCCUCCGCUUGUUUGUUACUGAUAAAGAAUUUUCUUUUAAAGCUGGCCAGUGGGUCGAUUUCUUCAUCCCAGGAGUCUCUGUGGUUGGUGGGUUUUCAAUGUGUUCCAGUCCCAGACUUCUAAAACAAGAGAGAGUAAUAGAAUUGGCAGUGAAAUAUACAAACCACCCUCCUGCUCUCUGGGUUCACAAUGAGUGUACUCUUGACUCUGAAGUGGCUGUGAGAGUGGGUGGAGAGUUCUUCUUUGACCCUCAACCCACAGAUACCCCCAGAAAUCUUGUGUUGAUUGCGGGAGGAGUCGGAAUUAAUCCCCUGCUUUCCAUCCUGCGGUAUGCAGCAGAUGUUUAUCGAGAGUGGGCAAACAAAAGAAGUGGAUAUGAGAUAGGAACAAUAAAACUAUUCUACAGUGCAAAGAAUACUAGUGAACUCGUGUUUAAGAAAAAUAUCCUCGAUUUAGUAAAUGAAUUUCCUGAGAAGAUUGCAUGCAGUUUGCAUGUUACAAAACAGACUACACAAAUCAGUGCAGAAUUUAGGCCAUAUAUCACAGAAGGAAGAAUAACAGAGGAGGAGAUAAAAGAUCAUAUUUCAAAUGAGACUUUAUUCUAUAUUUGUGGCCCACCUCCUAUGACAGAGUUCUUCUCCAAGCAACUAGAAAGCAACCAUGUUCCCAAAGAACACAUUUUCUUUGAGAAGUGGUGGUAGGGUACGAGCAAAGGUAUGAAAGUCGACGUGAGAUCCACUCAAGAGAGUAAGAGAUAUUUUAUAUCAUUUGUGGCACAGUGGAUUUACCUCUACUUGAGCUGUUUUAUUUUUUGAAAGCUGUGAACUAAGUGACUAGCUGAAAGAUAAAAUAAAGGCUAACAGAUUCAAAAGAUAAACUUUUUGCAAUGACUUGAUUAAUCAAAAUAUUUUUUAACUUUUAAAAUAUUUUUUACAAUGUGGAUUUUUUUAUAGUAGUAGCAAUUUGAUUCAUAAGGUGCCUUGAAUUGUUAAUACAGAUUGUCUUUUGCCAUUAGGGAAAAAAGUGAUGUGUGUGUGUAUGUGUGUGUGUGUGUGUGUGUGUGUGUGUAUAGAGAGAGAGAGUGAGUCUCAAAAAACAUGUUACACACUUACACAGUUUAUUGUACUAAUAAAUGUCUGGAAGCUAAUGGCCACUACUUUGAAUACCUCUUGUAAUUGUAGGGUCCAAAGGCAAUGUAUUAAUUUCAUGAUGUCUCAAUAUAUUUAGUGUGAAAAUAUUUAUGCAAAUUUUUUUUUCUGAUAAACACUUUUGUUGACUCUCUCUAUAUAUAUACUUUUUAUAUAUUUACUUUAUAUAUAUUUAGUUUAAUAGGAAAUUGUGGAUUUUUGUGUGGAUCAUAGACUCUCUUUAAAUUAUUUGACAGUAGUUCAUAUAUCUUGGGUUCAGUGAACUUAAAUACAUUUUUAAUAAUUUUACUUUCAAAAUUCUCAAUUUUUAAUGCCUUAUUUAAACCAUCAAAGUUGAGUUUGGAAAUGGGAAAUUAUUAGGCAAACUGCUGCAGGGAGUUGAAUAUCAAGCAUAUUUUCUUUCUCGGUAAUGCAUAUCCUAAGUAUGUAUCGUGACUGAUUGUUUCUUAUCUAAUGAAACCCUUCCUGUGUCUUGGCUGCCUGCUUUACCACUGUAGGGUAGCUUCUUGUCUGGGAGCAAAGUGCUGGUCACUGUUACGUUUCAUGUCAAAUCAGUGAAGAGCUGGCUGGUGGUGAAACUGUUAAUAGAUUGAUGAAGGGGUGUAGAACCAUUUCCAAAUCCUCCUCCUCUGCUUUUUAUUUCCUUCCACUUCAAGGGUCCUCCUGGACACCAGAAGGUGUGCAGUGUGCAUUUGCUUUAUGACUGAAGAAAAGUCAUUAACAUUUUAGCCCCUCACAAAGUCUGGAAUUAAAAGACAGUCCCCAGGGUGUAUAGAAAGAGUGCUGGAGCCUCAUCCCCAGGCUUCUCUGGUGAAAUGAGCAGAAACCAUUUCUUCUGUCUUUGUUUAGAUUUUUAAAAAUCAUAAGGACAACCAUGGGCUGAGUGAAGCCAGGCCAUUCUUUUUGUGAUCUGUGGGCCCAAGGCUGUAGCCCUGGAGAACCCUAAAGGAUAGGGGGAACCUGGAAGGAAGACAGACCAGUACUGGAGCUAAUGAGAGGAGACAGUUAACUUUCUUACCUCUGUUGCUUUAGGAACUUCUUUACUACAAAUGAUCGAUUAAUGGGACCUGAAUAAGGCUGGCAUCACCACUGUAGCCUCUGCCCUGUUUUGAGCUUCCUCAGGUUUUAAACAAGAUGGUUUUGGUCAGCUAUCAUCAGCUGUUUAAAGAGUGGGAUAAGUUCUGAGAAAUGGCUGUUAGGUUGUAAGAGAAAAUGGCCUCCUCAGCCAGUAUACCUCAGUUUCUUAGUUGCCCAUGGAAUUGUUGAUACGUUGUAUCAACUUGAGAAGUUUAGAAAUUUAACCCUCAGCAGGGGGCCAGGGUCCUCACUUUGUAAAUAUCCUGAGCCUGUGCAAAAAGAGGGUACAGAGAUGGUAAUGAGUGCUACAUCCACCCUAGGUGGGGGUUACUUGCUUACAAUAUAAGGGAGAAGCCAAGGCUUGCUCUCCUCUGUUUUGCUGCUCUUGCUGCUUUUGCUGUUUUCAGUUGCCUUAAACUGUUGUUGCCCCAGUGCCCUGCCACCCUGCCUUGGAACCAGCUGAUUACGGAUGGAAACCUCCACAAACUGUGAGCUAAGUAAACCUUUCUUUUUUUCACUUUGGGUGCCAGAAAUUUUGUCCCAGCAAUGAGAGAAAAGCAACUAAGAUCCCCAGGUAAGGGGUUGGGGAUUUAGCUCAGCAGCAUAAGCGCCUGCCUUGAAAGCAGGCUGUCAUGAGUUCGAUCCCCGGUACCGAUAAAAAGGAAAAAGACAAAGAAAAAUAAUACCCAGGUAAUAGUUCCUGUUCCAAUGCCAGCUGCUUCUGUGUUUUAGAAACAGCCUGGCUAGUCACUAUGACGUACAUUGUAUAAACCAAUCCUCAAUUGAGAAGCCAUACUGCCUCUGUACUUCCUGCUUGCUUAUCCGAUAUAAGCCCUACACCACUAGAGAUCAGGGCCAAGUAUUUUGGUAAUGAUCCCAAUCAGUACUCAUCGACGUAACUAAAUCUGUCUCCAAAUACUGGGUAGUGAUUGGUGUUUCUGCUUGCCAUAGUGAGGUGAUUCUGUUGUUGUGUGGGUAAUCAUAGAGUGUAUUUAACAAACUGAGAUGAGUAUGAUGUCUCCAGGUGAUGUAAUCUUACGAGACUGCUGUUGUAUAUAUUGUCGAGCAUAUGACUGUAUUUGAUCUUUGAUUUGGAUUCAGUAAGAGGAAAAGAGGGACUGUUGGCCUGGUUGGUAUAUAAAUGUCCAUUCCAGGAAAUAAUCUGCAUUUCACAAGUGAGGGGACUGUGAAAAGCUCUGGACUGCCACAAGAACUCCUGACCUGUCAGUUGGUUUCCAAGCAUUCUGUUUGGAAGCUGGGCUGUAGAGCUGGACACUGAAGAGGCCUAGGGUAUGAUGUGAUGCUGUGAUUCAGGGCUGUGAAGCUGUCAGUGCUCUUCUUCCAACUGGUAAAGGCAGCCGGCAGGGAGAGACCCGAUCAAACAGAGUAAGAGCCCACCAAAGACCUCUGUGCAGGGCAAAUGUCCUCAGCACAGGAUGGGAGCAUAAGGAGGUGCUGCCCUCUGCAGUCUGGCCAGCACCAUGCUGUGUGCCUGCCAUUGUCAGAGAGGAAGGGCCACCUGUCCUGGAGAGUCCCAUUCUGCCUACCACCCUGUUGCUGCUCACUGUCACCAUCUGUGAACCACUGAGAUGGGCCAGCAUGACCUUUGUUUGGCUGCAGUGUAAUUCCUUAAAGCUCUGUCAUUCCAGUGCUAAGUGCUGAAUAGCAUUUUCUGGUCUGUUGGCCAAGAAAGUCUUAGUGACCUUGCCUGCCAAAUAAGUCCAGAUCUCUUUGGUACUCAAAUGAGUGAACUCCAGCAAGGAAGGCUUGGAAUUUGCAGUGGGUUGGCUAAAUGGUAUACAUUAGAGAGAGCCUUUAAGCCAGACUCCGCAGGUUCAAAUCUCAGCGAUACUACCUGCAAGAUAACCAUGAACAAGUCCCUUGACUGCUUUACGCCUUAUUAAAAAUUACACACUUACAUUUACAUGUCUACUACUAUGUCCUUUAUAGGCCUGUUGUGGGGAUUAAGUGUGAUCUUGCAUAUAAAAUACUAGCGCAGUAUGCGUGAGUGUACUGUCGGUUAUUUGCUGCUCCUCGUCCUAUUCAGAAAGGAUUUCUGAGGCUGGAUGGUUUAGAUUCAGUCCACUAACUUACAACCUUCCUACGGGUGGGGACCCAGUCUUGUUUAACAUAUAAUAAGUACUUGUUUAUGUGAGAGCCAUCCCAGAGCAGACAAGAGGAAGUAAAGACCCGCAGGCCUUUUUACCAAGGAUGAGUUUGUGAGACUGUUUGUGUUGAGAGACUAGGUUAAAAACUAGGUUAAAAUAAUACAUGAAUCUUCCUCAAAUUUUAAGCAUAUUAGCAUCAUUGUUCACUAGAAAUUGGAAUAAGCAUUUGACCUGCCCCAGAUAUUUUACCCUCAAAGGGGUUUUCUGUAAGGCAAGGAGCACUUUGUCACCAACAUGGUGUCUGCAGGUGGAUGUAGAGCCCUAAGAUAAGGAUGUUCCUUGGGGUCCUAGUUCUUCAGUAGCUCCUACUCUUAAAAAAAGGGAAAAAACUUAGGAAAAAUUCCACGUGUAUCACAGUAGAAGAGAAAGCAAAAUGAAUUCCUGUUGGUUCAUCACUUAGCUUCCAUUACUGUCAGUGUUGUGCUGUUUCUGUCAUGUCUCCUGUAAAUUCCUAUGCGUCUCAAACAGGCACAUCACUCACACCGCAGCAACAGCAUUAUAUUCAACCAGUGAUAGUUAAAUACCAUCUGAGAACCUCUGUGUCCUGUUUUCCCAUCACCUUGAAAGUCCACAUGUUGCAUUAGGUUGAUGUUUUAAAUUUCUUUUAAUCAGUGGCACCCUCCUAACCACAUUUCCCCCCAUUUCAUGACUCAUUUGUUGAAGAUACUGGCUCCUUUGUCCUAUAGUUUUUCACCAUUUAAAACCAGCUUAAUGUAUCCUCAAGGGUCAUUUAACAUUAUCUUUUAUCUCUGCUACAGGUAAACUGGUCAUUAAAUCCAGAAAUCAUUUAAAGUCAAAGUCAAGAUUUUUUAAUGGGGGCAAGACUUCAUUAUAAUAGGCUAGUGUGUGUACCAAGAGGAAAGUGGGAGUGAAAAGCUGGAGUUGGUUUCAGAGCAAUUGGGAGGAUAUAAUGAGGGAAUAUGGAUAAUUAUUUCAAGGAAAGAAAUAGAAUAGCUAGAAAGGGAAAUAAGGUCAAGAAAAUGGUCAUUUAUUUACCUUUUUGUUUUGUUUUUUAAACUUUUGAUACUAGUAGCAAACUGUGAGACAUUCUGUACCAUGGUAUGCGGACAGUGCUCAGGAGGAUUAAUUUUGGGCACAUAGCUAUAGAUGUAUGAAAGGCACGCUUACAAGUACAAACACGUGUGCACGCAGGGACUGUCAAACAAUUCAAAGUCCUGUGUCUAAGAAUUUUUUCUUUCCUGAAUGGAAAACAAUUUCCUUCACUUCUAGGUAUUAUAGAUGAUCAUAUGCUGAUAAUUUGACCUGACAUGUUAUUUCAUUUUUAUUUUAAAUCAAGGUCAAAGAGGUGCACUGUUCUCAUCUUAGAGGAAAUAGUGAGGUAUCUUUUAAUAUUACUCCCCCUUAAUAUGUACACUAGUGAUCAGUUGGUGAAAAUAUAUAAAAUGGGCUCACUUUGUAGCCCAGGCUGGUCUCAAACUUGCAACGAUCUUCCUGUCUCAGCCUCCUGAGUGCUGGGAUUACAGGAGUGUGCCACUAUGCCCAGCCUUUGUUCUGAGUUCUUAAAGCCUUACAAGAUCCCAUCAAAUUAACCUGGUCCCUGGCAUCUCAUUCCCAUGUCUCAUAUUUUGUUGUACUUGAGCCUAAGAUGCAUCUGUUCUUUUUUUUAAUUAACUGAUAAAUACGACCUUAAGAUUAAAUACAUGAAAGUAUGGACACUAAGUUGCUUAGGCUUCCUUUUCUCUCAUCCCAUUCCUACACCUGGAAGGGACCUUUGUGUAAAGAGCUCACUAGUCAUCCAUCAAGACUUCUUAUGGUACAUUAACCUUGUGUACAGGUACAGCUUACAUGCCAUGUAUUUGAAUUUUUCUUUACACAUUCAGGUUUCAGAUGUAAACCAUGGUUAGCCAUAUUUGAUGGUGGAACUUUAGAUUGCAGUUUUGGGCUUCUGCAGUACUGCAGCAAAUAAAUUGAUUUGUAUAAUUUUUAUACGAGUAAUCUUAUAAAAUUACUAGAAGUAUUGCUCCAGGAUCAAAAAUUAACUAUUAUCACCAGAUUAUUCUAUACCAUGCCUAAUCAAUUUAUUUUCUAAUAAGGUAUGAACGUGUCUGUUUCUGGCCAGCACUACAUAUUCUUAGUAUUAAAAUAUGUUGUCCCCUAACUUGUUAAAUGAAAGAUAAUUUUUAAAAGUUAACAAUUUUCUGAUUGUUCCAUUGCAUUUUUUAAUUGAAGUGUUUAAUCCUUUUGGUCUUUUUUUUUUUUUUUUGAGAAUGGUACAUUCAUGUUGUGUGUCUAUUUUAACGUCUCAGUGAUUUGUAACUAUAUAGCAUGUUAAUCUGUUGUCUGUUCUGUAUUACAAAUAUUUUUUCAUAGUUUGUUGCUAGUACCUAAAUUGUGUGUGUGUAACUUAUACCAGAGCUUUUAAAAUUGUGUCUGUUUUGCACCAUGUUGUCUUUUCCCUCAGUUUCUUUGGAUAUAUUAUCUUCUGAUAAUUUACAGAUUUUAAUUUAUUGGAGAUUAAUUUUUGUAGUUGAUGGGAGAUAAGGCCACCAACGUUUUCCACACAACUCCCCAGCUGUCCAAAGUAUCUAUCAGUGAUGGCAAACUUUUUAGAGCUUUCAAUGAUACAAGGACCCUGCUGUAUCAUGUAUGCCAUAGGUUCACCACCAUUGGUAUACUUUCCCCAAUAGUUAUGCUUUUCAUUUUCUGUUCUUUUUUUUUUUUUUUAAUUUUAAAUGGGGUAAAGCAGCACAAUAAAAUGAAACAAAACAGUGAGAACCCAAGAUUGGAUUUCAAAAAUAAGACAGUAGGAAAUGUACCAUAAUUACUAUAUUGCAUAUUGUUAUUUUCUAAAUAGUUGCUCAGAUUAUCAGCUUUAAGCUUGCAAAGUCAAUCAAAUAAAACAAGCUUUAGGUUGUUUCUUUAUUUCAGUUACUAUAUGUCAGUCUGUGUUCCUCCAAAUCAACUGGGUGCUAGAGUUGGGGGAAUUGUUCUCUCCUGGCUGGCUGGCUCAUGGGGGGAUGGGGGUUGGGUGGGGAUGGCUUCCAUCCUGGUUCCUCAAAUGCUUUUUAAAUCACAUACUAAAUUCUUACCCAUGUAUUCUUCCUCCAAGACUUUCACCUCUGUUCCAUAGGUCUGCUUUGCUUUGAUAAGUCUGCUUUGAUGUCAUUGUUCUUUUAAUUAGUUUUUAAAGAAAAACAUUUUUUCUCAUUUUUUAUUUUUUUUAAUUUUAUUUUGAAGGUAGUAAAAAUACAACAAAACAAGAAUAGAACAAAGCCAGUUGAGACAAUGCAGUGAAAUUGGUACAGAACUUCACAGCAGGUGUCUUAGUUACUUUAUGCUCGUCGCUGAGACAAAAUACCUGAUACCCAAGUUGGGAAAGGAAAGGUUUAUUUCUUACAGUUUUUGGAGGUUUCAGUCCACACUCAGUUGGCUCCAAGGCGGGCAGGCAUGGCUGGACCGCAGUUCAUAGCUGCUGUAAACAGCAAGCCGGAACCAGCAAAGAGCAAGACAUACCUUCUUCCUGCCAUUACAUCACAUCCUGGCUCCACCCUUUUGUGGGUGGAGCACUGACACCAUUAAUCCAAGCACUAGACAAUGAACGAAUAACAAAUGCACAAUUCAAACUCAUGAGGCCUGGGGGACACAGACAUAACCCAUGACAGCAGGAUAUUGGGAUAGUAGUAAUAGGUACUAUAGUGUCUCAUUGUCGUCACAAUAGUUGUCCAGUCAAUUAGGUAUAGCGAAAUCAAAGUAAACACAACCUUAUAAAACCAAUUGAAAGAGAGUAUUGAAUAGAGCAGAACAAACAUAAUAAAACAAAACACUGAAAACAACCUAUGCUUAAACAGAAGAUAAAGGAAAUCCUCCAUAUUUUCUAUUUUGCAUAUGGUCAUCCUCCCAAGAGAUGCUGAGACAUCUAUCCCCAGCUGCUACCUGUGUCUGUGUGUGUGUGUGUGUGUGUGUGUGUGUGUGUGUGUGUGUGUUUGAUUGAUUCUUAGCCUGCGUGCUGGUAGGCUCAUGGGAGCCACUGGUUCUCCUCCUGGCCCAUGCCAGGGAUGCUUACCAAGAGGGUAGGCGAAUAAGCUGCCUAAGUUCCACCAUGGCCGAGUCUCUGGAGCCCUAGUUCUCCUCCUGGUCUGCGCCAGGGGCGCUUACCAAGAGGCCAGGCGAAUAAGCUGCCUAAGUUCUACCAUGGCCAGAUCUUGGGAGCGCUGAUUCUCCUCCUGGCCCACACCAGGAGCACUUACCAAGAGGGCAGGAGAAUCCAAAGAAAAUGUUAUAGAUACAUAUUAUACAUACUAAUUGUACAUUUUAAUGGGAUUCACUGUGAUAAUUCCGUACAUGCUUUUAGUGUGCAUUGAUCAUAUCUAUCCUCCCCACCUUCCCCAGUUGCUACUAAUUAAUCACUAUCUACAUGAGAGAACAUGGAAAAAUUGUCUUUUCUGUGUCUAGCUUAUUUUAUUUAAUACAAUGUCCUUCAGUUACAUGCAUUUUGCUGCAAAUAUCAGGAGUUCAUUCUUUUUAUGGUUGAAUAACAUUCCCUCAUGUAUAUCUCAUAUUGUAUCCAUUCAUCUAUUGAGGGGCACUUAAUGUUGAUUACAUACAUUAGCUAUUUUGACUAGUAGUACAAUAAAAAAAUCUCUCUUUUGUAUGUUGACUUUAUUUUAUUUGGACAUACUGUAUACCCAAAAGUGGAAUAGCUAGAUCAGAUGGUAGUUCUGUUUUUAUGUUUUGAGAAAUUGCCAUGCUGUUUCCCAUAGUGUCUGUAGUAAGUCAUACUCCUGUGAGCAGUAUAUCUUUUUCUCAUACUGGCAUUUAUAUUUCAUAAUAACCAUUCCAGCUGGGGUGAGAUAAUAUCUCAUUACAGUUUUGAUUUGCAUUUCCUUGACAGUAAUGACAUUGACCAACUUUUUCAUAUAUUGGCUAUUUUUAAAUUCAAUUUUAUUUUAAGGAGAAUAAAACCAAACAAAAUUGAAUAAAGUUACUCAAAACAAAACAGUGAAAGUGAUACAGGAUUCAAAACAAGAUAACAGGAAAUCAGUAAUGACUACCAUAUCUUCAGAUAUUAUAAAAUCAAACAAAACAGAACAGAAUAAAACCAAUCAAAACAAAGCAAUGAAAACUAUACAGGAUUUCAAAAUAAGAUAAUAGGUAAUCAACAAUGGCUACUAUAAUAUAUCUUGUUAUCUCUGAAAUAGCAGCUUCUGUCAUCAGUUUUAAAGUCAAACAAAAAAUGGAAUAAAACCAAUCAAAACAAUGAAAAUAAUAGAGUAAUAGUACUCUAAAAUAAGACAAUAGGUAAUUAACAAUGUCUACUACCUUCAGAGGAAAUUCCCCCCGUAGUUACUAUAUUGUAUAUUGUAAAUAGAUGCUCUAAAUAGAUGCUCAGACCAUUGGCUUUAGGCUUGUAAAGUAGGUCAGACAAUACAGGCAUUAAGUUGGUUUUUUUACUUCAGUGGCUAUCAUCUCAGGUCUGUCUGAAUCAGCUAGUUGAUUAUAGUGGGUGGGGCUCAGCACUUUUUGUCUCCAACUUGUACACUGGCUUACAGGAAGGGGUUGGCCUGGCCCACAACUGCUGCUGGUGCACAGGAGGGGUUAGCUGCUGCUUGGUUAUCUUCCCAAAAUGCAGGGCUGCUCACAGGUAGGGGUUGACCCAGCCCAUGAUUGCUCCUGGCUCACAGGAAGGGGUCGGCUUCUUCUUGGUUCUCUUCCCAGAACACAUGGCUGCUGCUGGCUCACAGGAAGGGACUGGCCUGGCACAUGACCACCAGUGACUCAUAGGAAGGAGUUAGCUUCUUGGUUCUCUUCCUGUGAUGCAUGGCUGCUUCUGGCUCACAGGAAGGGGUUGGCUUUUUCUUGUUCUCACAGUAGUAUUACAGUAUAAAGAUAAAAAAAAUUACCAGAUUUAAAAAUUUCCUUUUCAACAUUUCAGCCAAUAAGUUGGGACUUAAAACUUAGCACCUCCUGGGCCCCUGUGGGUAUUUAAUGUGGAAACGAAAGAUAGGAAGAGAUUUUAAAGGAAUAUAGGUUCUCUGACAAUAGAAGGUAGCAGAUUAGUAAUGCAUGUGACAUUUAGUACAAUUUUUUUGUUUUAUUUUUUUAAAAAUUUAAAGAGAAAAACAAAGUAGAAAUAAUACAUAAUUUCAAAAAACUAAACAGAUCAUAGUUGAUAAAUUACAUAUUGUCCUCUUAGAAAUAGUUGUUCAAGUUAUAAAAGUAAAGCAUACAAAGUGGACAUUCAAAUAGCGAGACUGCAAACAGUUCUGUUCAAUAAUCCAACAAAAACUUAGUAGUAUGGUUAUCAAUCCUACACACUUAAACAUAUAUGCAAUUAUAUCCUUUAGAGCACUUUCUUUUCCUCUCUAAUUUACAAUAGUAAUUACACAUUUUGGGUUUUACUACUCCUACAUUUCUUGCUGCUUUUUACACUAAAGAUACAAUGUGAUAUUUAUAAAUGUGAUUCUUAUUUAUUUGACUAAUAAAGAUAAUCUCAAGUUGUCUCCAUUUCCCUAUGAAGGUCUUAAGAUCGUCAUUUUAUAGCUGAGUAAUAUUCCAUUACUUAAGAAAUACUGCAUCAGGGAGAACAUGGCAGAUAGAUAACAGCAGCUACAGAGGCUCUCUGAGAUACCCAGCUUAGAAUCCAGGAAUGGUGCGGUGUGAGGAGUCCUAAGCAAGGGGAGAUAUACCCUGCCAACCCAAGAAUGAACUAAGCUGAGAAAUCCAACUGGAAAUGCAAUCCUGGUGCUAUAACCGGAACAGAUAAAAUCUCCACACAGAAGCUAGAACCCGUGCCUCUGGAAAUCGCGAUUUGAAUUUCCUGCUGCCAUUGCUGUGUCCCAAUCAGCACAGCAGGGUGAGAGACGCGAAACCUCUGAGAGCGGGAAUCAGCGAACAGAGUUGAGAGCUGGACUGGCGGGGAGCCCUGCAUCGACCUGCGGAAACCCAGGCUUCGGGGAAGCUGCAUCAGUCACCUUAGUGGGUCAUGAAGCAGACAGCGUGCUAAUCACCUGGGCCCAACCUGCACUACUCAUGCAGUCAACUUCCUAGCACUUCUUGUUGGAAACAGGAGCUGUUGCAGCAACCAGGAGUGGCCCUGAGAUCCCUGUGUACCCCACCUCCUCUUGCCAACCCUCUUAAGACUUCAUCUUUAAUCCCAGACAGCUAUGAGCCUGGGAGGACAGAGCCCAGGUGAUGCAGCUCUCAGCAGUAUCUUGCCCACAUUGGGUAUGAUUUCAACCAAAAUGUGUUGGGUGAGUGAUGAGUUUGGGGUCAGUGUAUUCCUAUAAUAAGUACUGCCACCACAGGACUAUUCCUGAAAGUCAUUCGGUGGUAUAGAUUGACCGUGAUUAAUUUUACAGUACUAAUAAAAUGUGCUUUGUAGAAAAUGAA